AUGACUCUGUGCCUGAGUCCCAAAACGCUGGGAAUUGCAGCAACCCCCCAGAUCCUGAGUCCCAAAACGCUGGGAAUUGCAGCAACCCCACAGAUCCUGAGUCCCAAAACGCUGGGAAUUGCGGCAACCCCCCAGAUCCUGAGUCCCAAAACGCUGGGAAUUGCAGCAACCCCCCAGAUCCUGAGUCCCAAAACGCUGGGAAUUGCGGCAACCCCCCAGAUCCUGAGUCCCAAAACGCUGGGAAUUGCAGCAACCCCCCAGAUCCUGAGUCCCAAAACGCUGGGAAUUGCAGCAACCCCCCAGAUCCUGAGUCCCAAAACGCUGGGAAUUGCAGCAACCCCCCAGAUCCUGAGUCCCAAAACGCUGGGAAUUGCGGCAACCCCCCAGAUCCUGAGUCCCAAAACGCUGGGAAUUGCAGCAACCCCCCAGAUCCUGAGUCCCAAAACGCUGGGAAUUGCAGCAACCCCCCAGAUCCUGAGUCCCAAAACGCUGGGAAUUGCAGCAACCCCCCAGAUCCUGAGUCCCAAAACGCUGGGAAUUGCGGCAACCCCCCAGAUCCUGAGUCCCAAAACGCUGGGAAUUGCAGCAACCCCCCAGAUCCUGAGUCCCAAAACGCUGGGAAUUGCAGCAACCCCCCAGAUCCUGAGUCCCAAAACGCUGGGAAUUGCGAUCCUGAGUCCCAAAACGCUGGGAAUUGCGGCAACCCCCCAGAUCCUGAGUCCCAAAACGCUGGGAAUUGCGGCAACCCCCCAGAUCCUGAGUCCCAAAACGCUGGGAAUUGCAGCAACCCCCCAGAUCCUGAGUCCCAAAACGCUGGGAAUUGCGGCAACCCCCCAGAUCCUGAGUCCCAAAACGCUGGGAAUUGCGCCGUGCCGCACCUCCCAUGACGCGGCGCCGCCAGCCCGCCCCUGCCCUGCCCUGCCCGCGGCGCGGCCCCUUCGCGCCGGGCAGCAACGCACCCGCCCUGGCGCUGCGCAUGCGCAGGCGGCGACGUCGGGCGUACCCGGACACCGGUUCGAGUCCAGGCUCUGCCGGCCUGCUGCGCUCGCCGCCGCUGUCCCCGCGUCUCGCCGCAGCCCGGCGAUGGAGGCGGCACCGGAGCCAGGUGCCUGCCCCGCGGGAGCGGAGGCCGAAGCGUGCUCUGAGCUGCCUGCGCACCGGGCAUUGAGCGUGGCGGAACUGGAUCGCGAGCUGGACUCCCGCAGCGAGCUGAUUGAUGACAAAGAAUUCGACAUUCCUCAAGUUGAUACCCCUCCGACACUGGAGAGCAUCUUGAAUGAGACUGAUGAUGAGGAGGAGUCUUUCAUUUUGGAGGAUCCCUUCCUGCUGAGUGUGGAUAACACAGACACACACUCCUAUGACACAUCCUCUGUGGCCAGCUCUGACAGCGGGGACCGGACACACCUGAAAAGGAAGAAGAAGCUGCCAGACUCGCUCUCCCUGCACGGGUCAGUCACGAGGCUGUCGCUUCUCAAGGGGAUCUCUGCCCAGAUCGUGUCUGCAGCGGACAAAGUGGAUGCUGGCUUGCCCACUGCCAUUGCAGCAUCAAGCCUGAUAGCAGUGGGGACAUCCCAUGGCUUGGCACUGAUAUUUGAUCAGAACCAGGCUCUGCGGCUGUGUCUGGGCAGCACUGCUGUUGGGGCUCAGUAUGGAGCUAUCUCUGCUCUCAGCAUCAACAAUGACUGCUCCAGGCUGCUGUGUGGCUUUGCAAAAGGACAGAUCACAAUGUGGGACCUGGCCAGUGGGAAGCUGCUGAGAUCCAUAACAGAUGCCCACCCCCCAGGAACAGCCAUUCUGCACAUCAAGUUUACAGAUGACCCAACGCUUGCCAUCUGCAACGACAGCGGGGGCUCCGUCUUCGAGCUGGCCUUUAAGAGGGUUAUGGGAGUGAGAACAUGUGAAUCUCGGUGUCUCUUCAGUGGCUCAAAGGGGGAGGUUUGCUGCAUUGAGCCAUUACAUGCAAAAGUGGAGCUGAGAGACCACCCUAUCACCCAGUACUCCCUGCUGGCCAUGGCCUCCCUAACCAAGAUCCUGGUGAUUGGCCUGAAACCAUCUCUCAAGGUGUGGAUGACCUUCCCCUACGGCCGUAUGGACCCUUCCAGUGUCCCUCUUCUGGCCUGGCACUUUGUGGCUGUACAGAGCUCUGUGAACCCCAUGCUUGCCUUCUGUCGAGGAGAUGUGGUUCAUUUUCUCCUGGUGAAGAGAGAUGACACUGGUGCAAUACAUGUCACUAAGCAGAGGCAGCUUCAUCUGCACUAUGACCUCAUCAGCUUCACUUGGGUCAACUCCCGCACAGCCGUGCUGCUGGACAGCCUGGAGAAGCUGCACGUCAUCGACCGCCAGACGCAGGAGGAGCUGGAGACCGUGGAGAUGGCAGAGGUGCAGCUGGUCUACAACAGCAGCCACUUCAAAUCGCUGGCCACAGGAGGCAACGUCAGCGAGGCCCUGGCACUGGUUGGAGAGAAAGCUUGUUACCAGUCCAUCAGCAGCUGUGGGGGGCAGAUCUUCUACCUUGGGACUAAGUCUGUUCAUGUCAUGACACUGAGGAGCUGGAGGGAGAGAGUUGACCACCUGCUGAAACAAGAGCGUCUCACGGAUGCCCUGGCUCUGGCCUGGUCAUUCUUUGAGGGCAAAGCAAAGGCAGUAGUAGGCUUGUCUGGGGACACAAGCAAGCGGAAAGCGGUGAUUGCAGACAGGAUGGUUGAGAUCCUUCUCCAUUACACUGAUCGGGCUUUGAAGAAAUGUCCUGAGCAAGGCAAAAUCCAGGUCAUGGAGCAGCAUUUCCAGGACGUGGUGCCUGUCAUCGUUGACUACUGCCUCUUGCUCCAGCGCACGGAUCUAUUAUUUAACCAGGUCUACGAUAAGAUGAGUGAGAAUUCUGUAGCUAAAGGCAUCUUUCUGGAGUGCUUGGAGCCAUAUAUCUUAAGUGACAAGCUGAUGGGAAUCACAGCUCAGGUGAUGAAAGAUUUGCUGCUUCACUUCCAAGACAAGAACAGGUUGGAAAACUUGGAAGCCUGCAUUGUGCAUAUGGAUAUCACCAGCCUAGACAUCCAGCAGGUAGUUCUCCUCUGCUGGGAGAACCACCUCUACGAUGCCAUGAUCUAUGUGUACAACAGCGGCAUGAACGACUUCAUCAGCCCCAUGGAGAAGCUGUUCAAAGUCCUUGCUCCUCCACUGAAUGCUGGGAAGCCUCUCACAGAUGAGCAGGUGGUCAUGGGCAACAAGCUGCUUGUGUAUAUAAGCUGCUGCCUGGCUGGCCGUGCAUAUCCCUUGGGGGACAUUCCUGAAGAUCUGGUGCCUUUGGUUAAAAACCAGAUCUUCGAGUUCCUGAUCCGUCUGCACUCCGCGGAGGGCUCUGGGGAGGAGGAGCUCUACCCCUACGUGAGGACCCUGCUGCACUUCGACACGCGCGAGUUCCUCAACGUCCUGGCCCUGACUUUUGAAGACUUCAAGAACGACAAGCAGGCUGUGGAGUAUCAGCAGAGAAUUGUGGACAUCCUUCUGAAAGUGAUGGUGGAGAACUCUGACUUCACCCCGUCGCAGGUUGGUUGUCUCUUCACCUUCCUUGCCCGGCAGCUUGCCAAGCCCAACAACACCUUGUUUGUGAACAGGACACUGUUUGACCAGGUGCUGGAGUUCCUGUGCAGCCCGGACGACGACUCGCGCCACUCGGAGCGGCAGCAGGUCCUCUUGGAAUUGCUGCAGGCAGGGGGCAUUGUCCAGUUUGAAGAGAGUCGUCUGAUCCAGAUGGCAGAGAAAGCUGAGUUCUUCCAGAUCUGUGAGUUCAUGUACGAGCGGCAGCUCCGCUACGACAAAAUCAUCGGCUGCUACCUGCGGGACCCCCUGAGGAAGGAAGAAGUUUUCAGCUACAUUCACAACAUCCUGUCCAUGCCUGGCUACAGUGCUGAAGAAAAGCAGUCUGUGUGGCAGAAAGCUUUGGAGCACAUAGAGGAGCUGCUGCUGCUGAGCCCCUGUAAAGCAGCUGAGCUGGCAGCCAUUCACUUCAGUGAGCAGGUGGAGAGCAUCAUUGCAAACCUUAAGGACCAGUUCUUACUCUUCCAGUUUCUGAGGAGUCUCCUUGAUCCAAGGGAAGGCAUUAACCAGGACCUGGUUCGCUUAGCACCCUGCAUCACCGAGCAGUUCAUCGAGCUGCUGUGUCAGUACUCCCCAGACCAGGCUUUGGAGACACUUAAAGCUCUGGAAUGCUGCAGACUGGAAGAAACCAUCCAGAUAACCCAGAAACAUCAACUCCAUGAGGCUUCUUCAUAUUUACUGGAGAAGAAGGGUGAUAUCCAUGGUGCCUUUCUGGUUAUGCUUGAGUGGCUGCAGAGCAGGUUGCUGCUGCUGACCCAGGCUGAUGAAGGCUCAGCUGAACUUCCCUUGCUAGAAAACAUUGAAGAUACCUUAAUGAAAACAAUUGACCUUUGCCAGAGAAAUUCACACAGUUUAGACCAACAGCAGCAAGAGGCCCUCUGGUUUCCCCUGCUGGAAGCUAUGAUGUCCCCACAGAAACUACCUGGCUCCUCACAGUGUCAAUACUCUGAAUCUCUGAAGAGCCUGACGAUGCAGGUGCUGAACAGCAUGGCUGCCUUCAUCGCUCUGCCUGCAAUCCUGCAGAGAAUCCUACAGGAUCCAGUUUAUGGAAGAGGGAAACUUGGAGACAUUCAAGGCCUCGUCCUGGGAAUGCUGGACACCUUUAACUAUGAGCAAACCCUUCUGGAGACAACUACCAGCCUUCUGAACCAUGAUCUCCACUGGUCCCUGUGUAACCUGAGAGCUUCUGUCACUAGAGGGCUUACCCCGAAGCAGGAUUACUGCUGCAUUUGUCUGCAGCAGUACAAGAGGAGGCAAGAAACUGCUGAUGAAAUCAUUGUGUUCAGCUGUGGCCACUUGUACCAUUCACUGUGCCUGCUGAGUAAAGAGUGUGGGACAGUAGCUAAGGGCCUGAUGAGGUGGAUGUGCUACAAAUGCAACUCAAGCAACAAGGGAGCAAAGCUGAGCGAGAGCUUCUCCGAGCUGAGAAAAGGCAGUGCAGCAUCCUUGGUACAGGCGAGCUCCGAGGCGUUGGACCCUCAGCAGCUCCAAGCCUUUGACCAGCUCUGCCGGCUCAACCGCGGCGCCUCCAGGCUGGCUCUGCUGACAGAGCUCUCUCGUGGCCAUGGCAGUGAGAAGCCCUUCAGCAUUUCCCACGGGGACCUGGCCACCAGCAGUGUCUUCCAGAACGAGAACUUCCAGCUCCACCUGGCUCCCCCUCCCCUGGCUGAGGACUAAUGCUGCUGCCUGCAGCCUGAGCAGGGCCACGGCUGCCUCCUCCCCUGCACGCUGCCUUCCCUGGGCUGUGCCACGCUGGCUCCGGCUGGCUGCCGGAGGGCUCGUAGCUGUGGGUGAUGUCCCAGCCCUGCCACCACCUCUCACUGACCCAAGGUAGCUGUGGGGCAGCCAUGAACUCUGGAGGCAAACCCAAAGGUGCCACAGCUCUGGGCCACCUGCACUGAUCUGACCUGCAGGCUCACACCACUGGUGGAGGCUUUGCCAAACAAGUGGGGGGGCUGUGCCCCACUGGAGCAGUGUGGCCUGGGGCUGCCCAGAGCCCAUCUCUGAGGCUGCUGUGUUGGUGGGUGGGUGGCUGGGUACCACAGCUGAGCUUUAGCUGCUAGAAAAAGCAGUCCCCCUGCCAAGGCCCAGCCCUUGGUCUCGGGGCAGCAGCCAUGGGGGCUGAGGGCACGGAAGAGGCAAACCUGGAAGAGGCUGAAGAGUACAGAACAGAGGAGAGCAGAGUGCCCUGCACACGGCCUGCUCCUGCAGACUGCCAUUAAAAAGGU